CCAACGCCAAGACCAUCAACAACUUGCUCCAACUCGUUCCGCGCACGCUUUACCAGAACAACAAACCUCAUACAGAGUCCCUACUCUCACAGUAUGCAGCGUCGUAUGCUCACCAAAGAGGAGGAGGCAUCAGCAGGCGGCGAGGACAUGGAAGUCCGCCGUGAGGACCAGGAGAAGAUCAACAAAUUCAGCUCUCUGCAUCAGAAGGAGACGUUGUUAGAGGAGGAGCUCAGGGCGAAGAUCAAGGAGAAAGAAGAUCUUGAGGAGAUCUCGACGGAACUUGAGCUUGUAGAUGAUGAGGAGAAAGUCCCGUACAAAGUUGGUGACUGCUUCGUCUCGUUACCACAACCACAGGUCCUCGAGCUACUCGAAAGCUCGACUCAGACCAUUGAUGAGGAAGUCGAUGCACUGAAGUCAAAGCUCGAGUCUAUUCAGGAAGAGAUGUCAGAGCUGAAGAAGGUCCUGUAUGGUCGUUUUGGGCGGAGCAUCAACCUCGAAACCUAAGCACGACAUGUCCUUGGCGUCAACAAUGCAAUGGCAUGCAACAACAAACAAUACG